AUGGUAUCAGAGCAGUGGGCUGUUCGAGCUGGUGGAAUGGAUAAAAUGGCCAUGACUGGAGCACGCAGAGAUGAAGAUUUAGGAAUCUCUGAAACCAUCUCUACAAGUGCACCUAUUACACCCAAUCCUUUCCCAGUAAACAUAUCUGAAAGUACCUCCCUUCAAAUCACAACCAUUUGGCUAAAUGGUAAGAAUUUCCUCCAAUGGUCUCGUUCAGCUCUUAUGGUUAUUCGAGGCCGUGGCCGCCUUGGAUAUGUUACUGGUACAACCAUUAAACCAGACGAGAGUGACCCAACCUAUGCAACAUGGGACGCUCAAAACUCCAUGGUAAUGGCAUGGAUCGUUAACUCAAUGGAAGAAGACAUUAGAGAGUCCUAUCUCUACUAUUCCACAACAAAAGAACUCUGGGAUGCAUUAACAGUGGCCUUCUCUGACUUGGAAAAUUCAGCACAAUUGUUCGAAUUUCGAAACAAGGCAAGAAAUCUUCGUCAAGGGGACCUCGAUGUCAGACAAUACUACAAUUCUCUGUAG